CGAAGCAGCACUCGCGUUCCUGGUUGCAUGCUCGCGACUCUCUCUUCGCUGCUGUAUAAGGUCUGUCUAAGUCUUGAGUUGAGUUUAACUCCAACCAAUCCCUUGUUUAACACUCAACAUUUCUUUUUUCUACCAAAAAAAAGAGGAUUCAUCAACUCAAAAUUCGUCGUUUUCUACUCACGACGAAUUUUGUGUUCUAAACAAGGUGUUCUCCAGUUCGGAUUUGUUCACCACUGAAAACUGGAAAAGAAACUCUACGCCAAAGAAAAGCUGCUGACAGAUCUGGAAUUGAAUAAAAAAGAAAAGAUCAAGAGAAAUCAAAAUUCGAAGCCGAAGAAGUUGAAAAGUUUGGGAGAAAGUUUCUGUAGAAAUAUCGAAAACAUUGAUGACUUGACGUGCUGCAAAACCUAUUUAUGAUAAAUAGUAAUUAAUUCGAAAGUCCAUUGAUGGCCAGUUAAUCCGCGAGUUACAGACAGACUCCACGAGGUGUUUUUGAUAGAUGAAGGAAGUAAUUAGGUUCGCGGAGAAGACAUCGUUGUCGAAUGCAUUGCGGAGAAGGUGCUGCUGAUAAUCAAAAGAUUUAUAGGAAGCUGUUGUCGGUAGCUUUGCGUGCAGGUGUAGGAGAAAGUGUCAUAUGCCUCGGUUUGUGCCGAUCAUCUCUGACUUCCUGGAGUCAGCAGAAUCGGGUUUUUAGUUUUUCGGAAAAUGAUGGAAUUUUGAAUGCAAUCUUCCGUCCCGGAUUUGGAGCGUUCAGAGUCGUGAGAUGAUCGGGAAACUGCUCCUGGGUCUUUGGAUUAUUCAAUGGAUCAACCUCUUCGGUGACCGCGUCCUGGCUGAAACUGGGCCCAAUCCAUUUGACGAAUCGCUCGAUGAGCAAAAUGAUGCUGUCAUCUUUCAGUCAGUCGUCCAGUCCAUUAAAGAUUGGGAAUCGCACAAAAGAAAUAUACACAGAACAAAAAGAGAUGUUUCCAGAGUUUGCUACGAAGAUGUUGGUUGCUUUGAAGAUACUGGACCAUUCAGUUAUCUCGAAAUGCUACCCUCACCCCCCAAGGAUGUUGGCACCAGAUUCUUUGUCUAUGGUAGCAGAAAAGCACGAUCGAUUCCAAUGGAGGUUCCUGCUGAAGAGAUAAGCGAAAAAAUUCGUCAUGCCAUAGACAUGGAUUUACCUACCAAAGUAAUUGUCCAUGGAUUUGGAUCUGACUGUGAUCAUGUUUGGGUUUACGAAAUGAGAUCAGCUCUCAUGUCAGUUCACGAAUGUAAUAUAGUUUGCGUAGACUGGUCGCCAGGAAGUGCAGUUCCCAAUUAUGUUAGGGCAGCAGCGAAUACGCGAUUGGUUGGUCGACAAUUGGCCAAAUUGGUUCGAAGUUUGGAUGUGCCUUUAGACAAACUUCAUCUGAUUGGCUUUAGCCUUGGAGCCCACGUGGCUGGAUUUGCUGGUGCUGAAUUGGGAAAUGUUUCCAGAAUAACAGGUUUAGAUCCUGCUGGACCACUUUUUGAAUCUCAAGACCCAAGAGCCCGAUUGGAUGAACAGGAUGCACAGUUUGUGGAUGUCAUACACAGUAAUGGAGAACAGUUACUUCUAGGCGGAUUAGGUUCUUGGCAACCCAUGGGUGAUGUCGAUUUUUAUCCCAAUGGAGGCAGAAUGCAAACCGGAUGUUCGAAUCUUUUCCUGGGUGCAGUCUCUGACAUCAUAUGGUCAAGCACUGUAGAGGGAAGAUCGUUAUGCAACCACAGAAGAGCUUACAAGCUAUUCACAGACUCAGUGAGUCCAAAGUGCAGAUUUCCAGCCUUCCCUUGUAAUCAAGGAUACGAUGGACUCAUCAAAGGAGAUUGUUUCCCCUGUGGAUCUGGUGAUUCAGACAGACCUUGUGGAGACAUGGGUUAUUACAGUGACUCUUCACCAGGCAGAGGUCAGUUGUAUCUGAUGACAAGAGACGAGGAACCCUUUUGUGCUAAUCAGUACCAAGUUAGAGUCUACAACAGUCGAGGUGAAAGAGCUACCAAGAGCUAUGGAAAUUUGAAAGUCACUCUCGUAGGCGAAGGAUCCUUCAACGAGACUUUCACUAUGACCCGCAAGGACGAUGAGGAACUUCUCGUUGGUGCUAUUCUUCAGAAAAUUGUGGUGCCACAUCCUGCUGUCACCAAUCUCGAAGCUAUCGAGAUGAAAUACACAGCCUACAAUGGUUGGAUCUCCUCAGGACUCGUCACCUGGAAUAUAGACAAAGUAGCCAUCCUUGACAGUUUUGGAAAGAGCACUUCAGUUUGCAGACGUAAUCUCAGUCUCGAAUCUGGAAAAUCCAUUUCCUUGAGACUUUAUCCAGGCGAGUGCAAUAUCCCUGAAGAAACUGAGAAUAUGACAACAGCUUCAGAACCAGUGAACGAGCGAUUUGCUCAAGAGAGACAAGGAGGAAUUGGUCCCUUCACAAGGGAUCAAAAUAUAGAGAAGGAAACUGCCACUAUAGAUUUGAUUUCUAAUGAAAGAUCUACCCCUAAAAAAGGGCUGGGUCCUUUUACAAAGGAUCAAAAUCCGAAGCUUCCAGCUCCUGAAGCUCAGGAUGCACCUAGACCCUCGCAUUCUGAUCCCAAAACCACUGUAGAAACCUCGAAGAGUUUAAGCAACAACAAAAAGGCUGUCUCUAGUCCUUGGUUUUUUAUCGAUAUUUCCGAUGAUGGGGAUUCGAAUUCGUUGGAAAACGCUGAUUCCGAAUCUGGCAGGGCCUUUUCCAGUUCGAAUUUCAUCCAAAAAAGUACUUCUGGUCCCAAAUCUACGAAAUCAACGGAAACUACGACAGAACUGACUUCGGAGAUCCAAGAACCAGUGUUAAGAGUCAUAAAAAAGGAGACUGGAAGAUCAUUAAAACUUCCAGAAAUCACUGAACCAAUUCUGAGGCCUCGAUUGACAAGGCAAAAUACAAAAGGGGACACUUUUCUUCAGGAUAAUCGUCGAAUGGAGAGAGAAGAAUCUCCGUCGACCACUAGAUCUUUCACGGUUCAGUUUCUUCCUGAAAGACUAGCAGGGAUUUUAGCACAAGCUGAAAGAUAUGCAAGACAGACUCUUCUACCUUUAAUUUCUCAAUACACGCCGAGUUUUAUUGGCGCGGGGAGAACUGAUCGAACUAAAUAUUUUCCUCCUUUAGGAGAUAUUGAGAAAACAACUGAACAAAUAAUGAAAAAGGAAAGCUCUACAGAAAAAAAUAAUGAUCCAAAGAUCAAUGUGACUUCACAGGAAGGACAAACGUAUGCAAAAGCAUCAGAAAUAGUUGAAGAAUCUGCCACAGCGGUUCAAGAAACUUCAAAUAUCACCUUCGCCUCAACAGAAAAUGUCAUUAGCACUGAAAAACAAGGCAACGAUUGGGUUCCAAUUGAUCGGGAAGCAAAACAAAUGUCAAAUUAUGCGAAAGUUAUUCACAACCUGAAUGUAACCCUUCAGGAAAAAUCGUACACAGGACGGUGGUUGAAUGAAGAUGGUGAUGGCUGGACUGCACAAGCUGAAGAUGCUGCUGCCGGCCCAGAAACAAAAAUUGAUGACUGGGUUCCGAUAGUCGGCAAGACACAAAACGAAAACAUUCCCAAGAUUUCUACCCUACAGAAUUCUGAAGGCAAAACAAAUCCUGAAGCGGUCGAAACAGGGAAACCAGAAAAUCGAGAAAAAUUGAAAGAAAGUGUCAUCAAAGAAGAGAAAAAUCCAUCGGAGCCGAAUGAAGAAAGGAAAUUCAUUCCUUUGAUAGAUUUAGAAAAUACAGAUGAAUCUGUCCCUCAGACUGGACACACUAAAAGUGAAAAAGUCUCCACCGAAACAAUCGCAACACAUAUUCAAAGGAUCGCAGAAACGAUUCCGAAUAAAAGCGGAACUCCAGAGGCGCGAACAGUUCUUUUUCCCUACGUCUACGAACGCAAAAACGAUCCUCGAACGAGGUACAUUCCUUUAAUUCCGGAAGAGGAUCUCGCUCUCCCCAAAUCUCUCAUCGAACGAGAUCGAUGAACAAAUUUCUUUCAAUCAUGAGCUUUUAAAAAAUCACUGAAAAACAUCAAUACGAAAAUAAAAUCAGUAGGUUUGACAUUGAAGGCCGAGGUCUUCAAACAUAAAAACGACUGACUACAUAAGUUAUACAAAAUAAGAGCAAGCAUAUUUUUGUAUCACUUUUACAAUUUUUGAGUAUUUUUAUACUAUAAAUCUGAUAAAUCUGCAAAUCAAAAUGUGAAAGGAACAAGUGUCAUAAAUUAGAAUUUUCUGCGAAUACGGCAAUUUGUCAGCUGCUGGGUAGUGCUGACUAUUCUAAUUAAAGUUCCCGAAAAUUCAAUUCUAAUAUAAAAAUAGCUAUUUUAUACCGAUUGAUAAUUUAAAAAAAUUAUGAUUUUAUUCAUAAAACAAAGUAAAAAUAUCAGUCAUUCAGUUUGAAAAGUAAACAUUUGAUAUUUCAAGUACGGUCAGUUUUUCUUGUGUUGUAAAUUUCACAAAUAUAACAUUAUUUUCUAUGGAAAGAACUUUUCAAAGUACAAGUUUUCAAUAGUUUUCUAUUUUU